UCUUGGUACUUUUGAUGAACCGUUUAAAGCACACGUGUUUGGAACAUCAUACAACACCAUGCACCACAACAUGUACAUGUUCAUCCAGACCACUGUGUACAACAUUGAUGUCGGCAAAGUCAAAGAGAGUCCUCGUGUUGCGGAAGUAAGGGCAAGGUUGCCUCUGUAGUGUUUGACAUUCGUCUUCCAUCAUGAAGUGUUUUGUUUGUCAAGCUGAGUUAACUAGUUCAAACAUGCUUGUUCGAUAUUUACGAUUCGUUCAAGGUUACCUGCUUGGAAAAAAAAUCUAAGCCUUAAAUGCAUUCAAAUUGGAUGCGGCCGUGUGUUUAGUACUUUUUCUGGUUUUAGGAAGCAUUUGAACACCAAACACACUGAAUGUACUGAACAACAGAUGGACACCAAUGUUCACUUAAACAGGGUAGAUGAGGCAGUGACAGUUAAUGUAGAUGAGACAGCCACAACAUCUGAGUCAAGAAAGUCUAAUAGGAGUUGUCUGGAUAUGUGUGCCAAUGCUGUUGCACAACUUAAGGCAGCUGGAUUAGGUCAGUCUACUGUAAAUUGUUACAGUGGGUGCAAAGGCUCAGGUGCAGGAAAGAGAUUACAGACUCGGGUCAAAUUUCUUAUGGGGGCUUUCGACCAAAGAGCACCAGGUGCUAGGUUGGUUCAAAGUUGAGAGCCGGUGCUUUUUUGGUUCAAAUCUCGUGCCGCCCCAGAAUGGGUUUGUGUUUCCAUUCAGAAGGAGCAAAGUUGGAGCUGCGUCAUUGCGCCACCACAAAAUGUGUGUAUGUACUGCGUACGUAACCGUUCAACAGCGUUCACGCCGUACGGAAACCCACACAACAACAAUGGAGGACUUCAUUGGAGUGGUGUUCAUGGCUUUGCUAGUGUGUCUCACCAUCGCUGAACAGCAAAACCUUCUGUUAGGGGUUACCCAUCGGCGUCGCCGUUCCAAUGCCCGCGAUCACGUUUGAGAAGAAAGGUAAUUAUCAAAGAGCUUUGGAUACUUAACAGUAAACGUGCUAGCGUUAGCUUAGCUACUUAGCUUCGACUACGCUUGCAUUGAUUACUUAGCGGUUAAACACGCACAAUAAGUUGAUGAUCAUAUCUAUGUUUAUCUUUUUAGAUGUUUUUAGAUGUCACCCCGCCCUCUGCCCGUGACGUGCUCGGCUCUCAACUCUGGCCAAGUCUGGCCCAGCAACGAGUUGGUGCCCGAAACGGCCCCAGUUUUUGGAGCCCGGAGCCGCAGCUCCGGUGGUCGAAACACAAAAAACCGGCGCCAAGUCGGGCGCCGGCUCCAACUCCGAACGGGCUCCACCCCGGUCGAAAAGAGGGUUUAGAUGCUUUUAUUUACAACACAGAAAACUGGAACUACAAUUUAACUGGAAACUAGAACACAGAACCAGAAGGGUACUGAGCUGUCUACACACGGCAAGGAGUAAUCCCUCUAGAGGACGGGCAGAAUAAUAUAAACAACUAAGGACUAAUGAUAACCCAUGGUUGGUAACACCAAAGCAGGAGAUCCUAAAACAAAUAGAAAUUGGAAUACAUACUAACAGUAAUCCUGAACCCAUUAACCCAAAACCAGAAUAAAGAAAACAAGGUAAUUAUUUAACCAGAGAAUAUUACAGGAUACAAUUCAUGCACUACUGAAAAUACUAACACAGGUUAAACUAAGUCUGGUAAUGCUCGAGAACAGGGACUUAACUGGUAGCUUCGGAGGAACAGAGUUCAUGUUAGGGAAACAGCCAGGCUCAACCAGUCCAGGUAAAAGAACCCUUCCAACAGAUGUAGUAGCAGCGGGUGGGCAGCUGCAACAGGAGUGUGGGAUUCCUGGCUUUCUCCAAACCUUUGUCCGUCACGGUGGAAAGGUGUCACAGGUGGCGGCGUGAAGCUCUUCCAUAGGUUCGGCUGAUGCAGAUGUAUUCACUGAGUGUGUCCAGAUGGAAGACGAUGGAGGAGGUGAUCAGAUCGAAAGUCCGGGAGUAGAAGCAGGCAGGAAUCAAACUAAACAGAGAGAACAGAAUUACUAAAAGCUAAAAAAACAACGAUGGCAAAGACUUUAGUUGUACAAGCACUAACUAGUCGUUGUUCACUGUCCCACAUCCAAAGCAGAGUGGUGCAGGAGCAGCUUGAUUGUAUGAAUCCCACCUACACAUGAUUUACCAAUCAGAAAUCAACACCUGCACACCUAAGAGCCAGAAAGAGGGAAAGUGAAAGAGGGAGAGAGCAGGACCAGAGGAGGAGAGAGUACUGCAGCUGACCACAGCCUCAGGCUGUGGCCAUAACAUAAAUAGUUUUGUCUCAUCUAUGGAGGAAGUAUUUUUUGAGAUUCAUAGUCAGGCAAAAGAUGCAGCUAUGCAGUGUUUAUCUGCACAGGACACAGACAGUAAGGACAAAUUAGACCAAACCUUCCAAAAGUUUGAAAACCCAUUCACACCCUUAAAUUCAGAAACUAAAUGAAAAAAAUACUUUGCAGAGAAAUGGGGAAAUGUUGAACCUGUUAAAAAGGUGCUUGGCACAAGAUUUGACAGCAGAAGAAACAAAACUACUGGGACAUAUGACCAGGUCAUUGUAACUGACAAGUUUGCAUAUGUUCCCAUUUUGGAAACACUGAAGACAAUUGUUCAAAACCCAGAAAUUGCAAACAUGUUCAAGCCCAGACUAAUGCUAAAUGAAGGAGUGUAUGCAGACUUAAGGGAUGCCACCUAUUAUAAAGAAAGUCUCCUGUUUUCUGUUGAAAAAGAUGCCUUGCAGAUUCAGCUGUUUUAUGACGACUUUGAAACUGCAAAUCCUUUGGGCUCUAAAAAGGGUGUACAUAAAUUAGGUGCUAUAUAUUUUACAUUAAGGAAUUUCCCCCCAAUUUUUAAUUCCUCUUUAAUUAAUAUUCAUUUGUGUGCUCUUUUCCAUGCACAGGACAUCAAACAUUAUGGUUUUAAUUCAAUACUGGAGCCACUUGUCAAUGAUCUGAAAAGACUUGAGAUGGAGGGACUUGAAAUUCCAAUGUUUGAACAUGGGAUUCGGGGUACCCUAAUUCAGGUCACUGGAGAUAAUCUUGGUUUACAUAGUCUGUUUGACUUUGUGGAGUCGUUUGGGGCUCGAUAUUGACGUUUCUGUCUUCUUGGUGUGGUUGGACGGCUCAGUCCGCCUCCACUCGUAUCGUGUGCAUCAGAUCCGGUCUGCGCAGCUGGGAGUAGUCUGCCUAAUGCACCUUGCUUGCUGGGCGGUGCCACACCCAGUUAUAUCUGCGUACAGGCAUCCUCUUUCCUGUUCCUGGAGCCGGAGGGCUACAUUAGUAGCAUGGCUUAGCAGGGAUUUGCGUGGUGGUUUUGAGACACUGGCUGUCGAGCUUUCGCUGUCUCCUGUCAUCAGAGUCGGGCCGUAUUCUGGCUGAAGGCUGGGAGCCGGGCGUAAUAAUUCACGCGCUGCAUUGAAUUCCUGAGUGAUUGAGCUGCAUUUUUCUGCGGCUGUCUCCCCUGUUGCCUGAAAAGCUGUGGCUACAUUGACGGGCGGCUCUACUUCCUGAAGCGGGCUACUGCUGUUCUGUCUACAGUUCAUCGCGGCAAGCUCUCUGCUCAUCGGCAGCUGUUUUAUUGUUGUUGUUGUAUGAUGUUUUAAAAAAAAAAAAAAAAAAAAAAAAAAAAAGAACAACGAUCUUGGUGUGCGUAUGCCUCUUGCCCAGCACGCCUGUUAUUGAGAGUAUUAUUAUUAUUAUUAUUAUUAUUAUUAUUAGGGUUGUUGCAGUUUUUUUUGUAUUAGAAUUGUUAGUAUUAGAAUUGUUAGUGUUAGUAUAGAUCUUGGGAUUCUUGAUUAGUUAGUUUUGUUUAUUUACUUAUUUGUUGUGAUUGCAUAUUUAAAUUAUUCAGUUAUCUUUUUUUUGUUUGGGUUUGUAAAUUUUGUUUUCCUUUUUUUGGUUUAUUGGGUUGACUGGGCGAGGGAGUAAGGGGUGCAUGUUGGCGUAAUUGGCCUUGGUGGUGACCUCGUGGGCCCAGCCUAGUGUGGUGGUGUGGCAGUUUAUUUGAGAUCUAUGUAGGUGUGCCUCGUUUUUUUCGUGAUUAACAGUUUGCCUCUUUUCCUUUGACAGGAGCUGUUGGGCCAGGUGGCUGGUGGCUGACUGAUUUCCCCCGGCGGUGGUGGUCCCUUCACUCCCUGUACAAUAGUGCACUUGGGUGUUUGUCAAUGAUUUUGUUUUGUUCACGUGUGGUGUGGUGCAUUAGGACCCUUCCCUUCUCCCCUCCAGUUCGUCAUCGCUGCCUGGUAAGCCCUCAGCCCUGUGCCUGGUGACUGUUUCGGUGGCACACUUAAUUAAGUCAGGGGGGGCCCUUGAGGAUUAGAUUAAUACUGUGCCACUUACUACCAAGUUAUGUCUUGGCAUCGCCAACAAGGUCUGUUUUAGAAAGAGUGUACAUUUUUAAAUAUUGUUAAUAAAUUUCAUUUUUCUAUACUUAAAGUGGAAUCGCGUCAGUCUCCGGUGCCUUUCGUACCUGUGUGACCUUUCUUGUGGUCUGUAUUGGAGUGGUGGUCCCCCCUAAAUAGAUCUCCUGGGGGUGAAACUCCCCCAGGUGGCGUUGUCGGACACGUGAUAGAUAGCAAACAUACAUCUAACCCUCGUAGCCUUGCCACAUUCUUGGCGUUGUCGGCAGGAUGACACUGUGAAGACAGAUGUGUAUUCCAUUUUUCUUAUUUUGUGUUUUUUUUUUUGUAUUUGUUAAAUUGCUGUUGAUAGCUUGCCUGUUAUGUGUGCAUGGUUUUAGAGACAGAACAGCAGUAGUUGGCGUGUAAAUUUAGUCAGUUUUAAACAUCAGGCUUCUAAAAUUUGUUUCUGGUAAGCUUUGGAGCAGCUCGCCCUCUGGUGCAAUGGAGGAGGAAAUGCAACAGCUCAGAGACCUUGUUAUGCAGCUGAAGGCAGAUAAUGAACGGCUUCGUCAGGAGAGGGAGGCCUUGCAGGCCGGCCCAAGUGCUGCCACCUCAGCCCCUUCUGCUCCAGUGAGUACUGCUGCAUUAGCAGAUACCAGCGCUACAGUAACAGAGCGGCUGGUAGUGGUACCAAGAGACCGUAGAUAUCCCAUGUUUAACGGUAAAACUGGCAUCAGUAUAACUGAAUGGGCAGAGGAAGUCCAGGCUUGUAUGCGUGCCCGUCGCUUGUCAGCUGUCGAUCAGGCCCUCUUUAUGUUUGAUCAUCUAGAGGGGGAAGCUAGAAAGGAGAUUAAGUAUCGUACCAGUGCCGAGCAAGCAGAUCCUGCUCAGAUCCUUGCUAUCCUGAACGACUUGUAUGGUGACACUCAGUCAUACGUAACCUUGCAACAAGCCUUCUUCUCUCGGAUGAAGCAGGAAGGAGAGACCUUACAGGAGUUUUCUUUGGCGCUGAUGGCCCUCAUGGAUCAGGUGAAGCGGUGUGCACCUGACGGCCUUCUGAAUGUGGCAGUUCUACUGCGUGACCAGUUUGUGGAACAUGUUCUUGACUGUGCUCUUCGUCGGGAACUGAAGCAGUUGGUCCGUCAUCGGCCUCAGUCUACUUUGCUGGAAGUGCGUGCUGAAGCAAUUCGUUGGGAGAGAGAGGGGCUUCCAAGGGGACGCUAGAGAGCGUAGCCGUUCUCUCCCAGCCAGGUAUGGUCUACAGUACGGGGUACAGAGCAAUCCCCAUUCACUGCCUCUGUCCAUGUCACAGGGCUCUGAACUGGGUGAGUUGAAGGAACUCCUGAAACGUCAACAGGAACAACUCAACCAGCUCACUCAGACGGUGGCAGCUUUGCAGGCCUCAUCCUUGCAGCCCCGCCCUAGUCGCCCUGGUCCUGUAAUCUGUCGAAGGUGUCAGCAACCAGGUCAUUUUGCCAGGGAAUGUGAUGGAGAACGGGCUCCUCCUCGUGCUCGUGCUACUUCGGCCCUUGGUCUGACCGCCAAUGUGGUCAGGCCCCCUUCUGCUUCCCGCCAGCCGGAAAACUGAAGCCCACUGAGUUGCUGAGCCACAGCUCAGAUGGGGUGUUGAUGGGCUCAAGGGAGGGGACCGUAGGUAAAUUAAUGUCAUCUUGCCCUCACAUUAAUCUCUCCAUGGGCGGUGUCAUGGUCCCAUGCUUAGUGGACACUGGGUCCAUGGUGUCCACCAUCACAGAGAGCUUCUUUUUGCAGCAUUUUGCACCUUGGGGUGCCGAUCGCCUCCAGUCUUGCCAUUGGCUGCAACUUCGGGCCGCUAAUGGAUUAGCAAUCCCCUACAUCGGCUAUCUUGAGUUGGACGUGGCAUUGUGUGGUAAAGUGUUUCCUGGUUGUGGCAUACUGGUGGUGCGAGACCCUCCAGGUGUGUCAUCUUCGGUCUCUGGAAUCUUGGGGAUGAAUGUCAUCCGUCGGAUGUUAUCGUGACCUUUUUGGGGCACAUGGGGCUGCCCUUUUCAGCUUGCCUGUGGUGACUCAGGCUCCUGAGUCAGUUAUUGAGGCCCUGCAACAAUAUCACCAGUCCACCAUUCAGCACCCAAAAGAUCUUUUUGGUACUGCCAGGGUUCGAGGCCCGCGGGCAGUGCGAAUACCUGGCGGUGUCAUGCAGUUCGUCGCGAGCACCUGUCCCGAGCAAUAUUCUGGCCAGGAGGUGCUCUUUGAGCCCCCUCAAUCAGGGUUGCCAGCCGGGCUGCUUGCUUCUCCCUGUCUGGUCCGGUCUGCCCGUGGUACGGUCUACAUCCCGGUGGUCAGUGUAGGGGCAACUGAAGUCCUGCUCUACCCACGUACCAGCCUGGGUGCCCUCAGUUAUGCCCAGGUGGUGAGUCUACCUACUGGAGUCACUGAGGUGAGGUCUGCCGUAGCCGCAGUAUCCUCCCAAGUGACUGGCAAUCCUGCGCAGAGUGGAGUAGAACCCGUAGACCUGUCUGCCUUGGCAGAACAGGAUCAAGCCGAGGUGCGGUCUCUGCUGCAGAAAUACAGCUCUGUCUUCUCUGCAUAUGAUGGCGACUUGGGUUGUACUGACCUCCUUUCACAUGACAUCCCGUUGCUUGACAACGGUCCUCCCUAAAUAGAUCUCCUGGGGGUGAAACUCCCCCAGGUGGCGUUGUCGGACACGUGAUAGAUAGCAAACAUACAUCUAACCCUCGUAGCCUUGCCACAUUGAGAAAGAUGGAUUUCAAACUGUUCUGUGAAGAUGAUCCUAGGAUUGUAUUAAGAACUAUGGAGAUGCACGCAACGCACUGUCAAACUAUACAAACAGAUCCUACGCUACCUCAUGCAUAUGGUGCGAAACGCUUUUGUCUGUUGAACUCUCUUCAGUAUUUCAACACAGCAACCAAUUAUUCUGUAGAUGUAAUGCAUGAUAUUUUAGAGGGGGUUGCUCAGUUUGAGAUGAAACGUGUUCUGCAGUACGUUAAUGAUAACUUCCUCAGUGAUGAACAGCUAGCUGGUAGAAUACAUGCAUUUGACUAUGGGUACAAUCAGCAACGAAACCGUCCACCGAGAGUAAAGUUGUUUGAUGGAAGUAAUGAUUUGGGCCUGAAUGCCAUGCAGUCUUGGUGCUUACUGUGCAACAUGCCUUUAAUAUUUGGAGAUUUAUUCCAGUCAGAUGAUAAGUACUGGCAUCUUUUACUUUUGCUUCUACAGAUUGUCAACAUUGUUUUUUCACCUGUCCUGUCAGAGGGUGUGACCAUUUACCUCAAACAUUUCAUCAUUGAUCAUCAUUGGCUCUUCAAGCAGUUAUUUCCUGCAAUCAACCUCUUACCAAAGCAUCAGUUCAUGAUUCAUUACCUUCAUUGUAUAAGGAAAAUUGGUCCGGUUCUGCACAUGUGGUGCAUGCGUUAUGAAGCUAAACAUAAUUUCUUCAAGAAACAACUGAAAUGCUUUAAAAACAUUACGCUAACAUUAGCCAAAAAGCACCAGAGUUGUAUGGCAAUGUAUCAGGAGACCAAUAGCAAGGAGAGAUUAACUUUAGGUUCAGGAAAGACACUGAUGCUUGAUGAGCUCCAAGAACGUCCAGACGUUGCUUCCAAAUUUGGAGCUGUAUUGUCAACAGCCAGUGUGUAUUCUGCCAAGUGGAUAAAACAUCAGGGUACAGAGUACCACUGUGACUUCAUUGUCUGUACUGAGGUGGCAUUUGAUAUAUGCCUGUGUUUUGUAAGAUAAAGACUAUUGUUGUGAAAAAUGAUAUUGUAUUGCUCUGUGGAAAACUGAUGGAAACCCUGUGUUUUGAUGAGCAUUACCAUGCCUUUAAGAUUAGGCUGCAUCCAGACAAAGUUGUAAAGGUGUUGGACAUAAAUGAGCUGCCUUACUUCAAACCAUUUGAUGUUCAAAUGGUGUAUGGAACAUUGGGUUCAUCAUUAUAUGUUGUCCCAUACUGCCAUUUUAUGCAGACCUAAGGUCAGCGUUUUUAUAUUUUCUACCUGAUGAUAUUUUGGCCUGACAGGAAAAUAAAAGUUGUUAAAUGUA